CACCGUGUCCUUCUCCACCAGCCCCUCUGCAGCCUGACCUGGGGAACAACCGCUGGCCCAGGCUGCCCACCAUGGCCUUCCUGACACACCUGCUGGUCUGCGUCUUUGGCAUGGGCUCUUGGGUAGCCAUCAACGGGCUCUGGGUGGAGCUGCCCCUACUGGUGACUGAGCUGCCCGAGGGCUGGUACCUGCCUUCCUACCUCACCGUGGUCAUCCAGCUGGCCAACAUCGGCCCCCUCCUAGUCACCCUGCUGCAUCGAUUCCAGCCUGGCUGCCUGUCUGAGGUGCCCGUGAUCUUCGCUGUCUUGAGCGUGGGCACCAUUGCCUGUAUCCUCUUUGCCUUCCUAUGGAACACGACCUCCUGGGUGCAGGGCAGGCGCCACAGUGUGGCCUUCAUUGUCCUCACCUUCUUCCUGGCCCUGGUGGACUGCACCUCCUCUGUCACCUUCUUGCCAUUCAUGAGCCAGCUACCCACCUACUACCUUACCACCUUCUUCAUUGGUGAGGGGCUCAGCGGCCUCCUGCCUGCACUGGUGGCUCUUGCCCAAGGCUCAGGUAUCACCACCUGUGUCAAUGUCACGGAGACACCAGGCACCUCCUCAAGCCCUGUGAUCAUGGGGGAGUUCCACAUCACCCAGGGAACCAGCACUCCUUCCAUGUCGCCCCUCACCUGGCACCUGGAGAGCCACUACCUGGCAGCACGUUUCUCACCGCUGCUCUUCUUCCUGCUGCUGUCUUUCCUGAUGGGCUGCUGUCUCACAGCCUUCUUCCUCCUGCAGAGGCAACCCUGGGGCCCGCAAGGCUCAGUGGAGGACCUCCUCCACUCCCAGGUCACCCUGCACUCCAUCAGGCCACGAGACACGGAGGACACGGGUUCACUGAGUACCACUACAAACAGCCCAAGCAAGGGGCCACUGGAGGUCAGCGUGGCCCCCCUCGGCCCAGCCCAGCUGGCCUUCAUCUACUCUGUGGUGGCCUUUGUCAACGCACUCACCAAUGGUGUUCUGCCCUCGGUGCAGACCUACUCCUGCUUGCCUUAUGGACCUGUCACCUACCACCUGUCUGCCACCCUCAGCUCAGUCGCCAGUCCUCUCGCCUGCUUCCUCCCCAUCUUCCUGCCUAACAGGUACCCUGCCUGCCCUAAGGAACCCCAAUGGGGAUCACUAUUCCAGAACCCCAGGUGCCAAGCCCCACCUAUGUGGUUGGUAAUAUGAGCUCCCAGAGACAUGGGGUGGCACAAAUUGCUUCGCCCCUGCCUCCAAGAUACAUCUGAAAAUUGGGGUGUAAAUAUUUCUUCUGUGAUGACUGGGACUGUGAGAUGGUUGGCUCUCGAUCAGUGCCUGGCACGGGGUGCGCCCAUUGUGUCA